AUGACAAAAGAAGCCCCGUCUCCCGCGGGACGAGAGAUCUCUCGGAAGCCACAAAGACGACUCGCUCUCCAGAGAAGAUUUCUUAAUGACACAAAGUUGUCGACGGCUUCCAGUGAUGAACCUAUGCUGAGGUCACGAAACCAAAAGGGCGGGAAAUUUGCACGUCUCUGCACAGCUAGAAAUAUAAGUUUGAUCAAUCGUACUCUCCAAGCCUGGGAGAGUAAGUGGCUGACCUGCGCCAAGUGGAUCGUGGCGCCCGAGUGUAAGCUGCCCAGAGUCACCUUCACUGCCUUCAGGCUGGCUUCCUGUUCCGGGAGGUGGGACCAGCUGGAGAUUCGAACCAGCAACCGCUUUGAUGGCAACUUCUACUGCGGGACCGAGAUCGCCCCAGGCACCUCGUUCACGUCAACCACCAACGAGAUCAUCCUCAUGUUCUAUACGAGGUCCAAUACCGAGUCUGGUUGGUCAGCGGAUGUCACCUUUGUAGAUGCUCCCAACUGUAACUCUGCAACUACCACACAAGCACCAACCACUCAGCCUCCCACUACACAGGCACCAACCACUCAGCCUCCCACUACACAGGCACCAACCACUCAGCCUCCCACUACACAGGCACCAACCACCCAGGCCCCAACCACUCAGCCUCCCACUACACAGGCACCAACCACUCAGCCUCCCACUACACAGGCACCAACCACUCAGCCUCCCACUACACAGGCACCAACCACCCAGCCUCCUACUACACAGGCGCCAACCACUCAGCCUCCCACUACACAGGCACCAACCACUCAGCCUCCCACUACACAGGCACCAACCACUCAGCCUCCCACUACACAGGCACCAACCACCCAGCCUCCCACUACACAGGCACCAACCACUCAGCCUCCCACUACACAGGCGCCAACCACUCAGCCUCCCACUACACAGGCACCAACCACUCAGCCUCCCACUACACAGGCACCAACCACCCAGCCUCCCACUACACAGGCACCAACCACUCAGCCUCCCACUACACAGGCACCAACCACUCAGCCUCCCACUACACAGGCACCAACCACCCAGCCUCCCACUACACAGGCACCAACCACUCAGCCUCCCACUACACAGGCGCCAACCACUCAGCCUCCCACUACACAGGCGCCAACCACUCAGCCUCCCACUACACAGGCACCAACCACUCAGCCUCCCACUACACAGGCGCCAACCACUCAGCCUCCCACUACACAGGCACCAACCACCCAGCCUCCCACUACACAGGCACCAACCACUGAGCCUCCCACUACACAGGCACCAACCACUGAGCCUCCCACUACACAGGCACCAACCACUCGAGCCUCCCACUACACAGGCACCAACCACUGAGCCUCCCACUACACAGGCACCA